GUCGCGCCGGGCCUGGGGCCGAGGCGGCGCGCGGCGCUGACAGCUGAGUCGGCUCGCGGCCUCCCGGCCCCCUCGGCGCCCGGCCCGACCCUGGCCUGGCCUGCCCCGGAGCCAUGAGCCCCGGGCUGCUGCUGCUCGGCAGCGCCGUCCUGCUCGCCUUCGGCCUCUGCUGCACCUUCGUGCACCGCGCUCGCAGCCGCUACGAGCACAUCCCCGGGCCGCCGCGGCCCAGUUUCCUUCUAGGACACCUCCCCUGCUUUUGGAAAAAGGAUGAGGUUGGUGGCCGUGUGCUCCAAGAUGUGUUUUUGGAUUGGGCUAAGAAGUAUGGACCUGUUGUGCGGGUUAACGUCUUCCACAAAACCUCAGUCAUCGUCACGAGUCCCGAGUCGGUUAAGUUCCAUUAGUUUGGCUUCCUGUAUUUUGAAGUUCUGUUAUCAGAAGUUCCUGAUGUCAACCAAGUACAACAAGGACUCCAAGAUGUACCGUGCGCUCCAGACUGUGUUUGGUGAGAGACUCUUCGGCCAAGGCUUGGUGUCCGAAUGCAACUAUGAGCGCUGGCACAAGCAGCGGAGAGUCAUAGACCUGGCCUUCAGCCGGAGCUCCUUGGUUAGCUUAAUGGAAACAUUCAACGAGAAGGCUGAGCAGCUGGUGGAGAUUCUAGAAGCCAAGGCAGAUGGGCAGACCCCAGUGUCCAUGCAGGACAUGCUGACCUACACCGCCAUGGACAUCCUGGCCAAGGCAGCUUUUGGGAUGGAGACCAGUAUGCUGCUGGGUGCCCAGAAGCCUCUGUCCCAGGCAGUGAAACUUAUGUUGGAGGGAAUCACUGCGUCCCGCAACACUCUGGCAAAGUUCCUGCCAGGGAAGAGGAAGCAGCUCCGGGAGGUCCGGGAGAGCAUUCGCUUCCUGCGCCAGGUGGGCAGGGACUGGGUCCAGCGCCGCCGGGAAGCCCUGAAGAGGGGCGAGGAGGUUCCUGCCGACAUCCUCACACAGAUUCUCAAAGCUGAAGAGGGAGCCCAGGACGACGAGGGUCUGCUGGACAACUUCGUCACCUUCUUCAUCGCUGGUCACGAGACCUCUGCCAACCACUUGGCGUUCACAGUGAUGGAGCUGUCUCGCCAGCCAGAGAUCGUGGCAAGGCUGCAGGCCGAGGUGGAUGAGGUCAUUGGUUCUAAGAGGUACCUGGAUUUCGAGGACCUGGGGAGACUGCAGUACCUGUCCCAGGUCCUCAAAGAGUCACUGAGGCUGUACCCACCAGCAUGGGGCACCUUUCGCCUGCUGGAAGAGGAGACCUUGAUUGAUGGGGUCAGAGUCCCCGGCAACACCCCGCUCUUGUUCAGCACCUAUGUCAUGGGGCGGAUGGACACAUACUUUGAGGACCCGCUGACUUUCAACCCCGAUCGCUUCGGCCCUGGAGCACCCAAGCCACGGUUCACCUACUUCCCCUUCUCCCUGGGCCACCGCUCCUGCAUCGGGCAGCAGUUUGCUCAGAUGGAGGUGAAGGUGGUCAUGGCAAAACUGCUGCAGAGGCUGGAGUUCCGGCUGGUGCCCGGGCAGCGCUUCGGGCUGCAGGAGCAGGCCACACUCAAGCCACUGGACCCCGUGCUGUGCACCCUGCGGCCCCGCGGCUGGCAGCCCGCACCCCCACCGCCCCCCUGCUGAGGGGGCCUCCAGGCAGGACGAGACUCCUCGGGCAAGGGCCGUGCCCGCCCACCUCUGCUGCCCACGGCCACCCACCCUUCUCCCCUGCCCUGUCCCCUGGGCCACCCUUCACACUGGCUUCCAGCGGGCCCUCUGCCGACCACCUGCUUCACACCCCUCAGCGCUCCCUGUCGCCUGCGGACUCCAUGGCCCUUCCUGGACUGGCCCUUGCCCAACUCCCAGCCACCACCACUGUCCCUACCACUGAGCCCUUGCACAGGCCACUUCCUCAGACGAGACACCCUAACUCUUGCUCACUCCCUAAAGCCCUCUUCAGGGGUCACCUCCUCCAAGAAGCCCUCCUUGCCACCCCCAGCCGGCAGGGGCCCCUCCUCUGUGCUCCCUCGGUCACCUGUGCUACCUCUAACACCACACUGACCACACUGUAUCGUGAGUGUCCGUUGACGUGACCAAUUGCCCUGCCAGGCUGUCAGCACCUCAAGGGUAGGGUCUGCGUGUGAUUUGUCUCUGAGCCCCCUGUGCCCACCCAGGGCCCGGCACAGAGUCGAUGCUCAAUAAAUGUGUGUUGACUGCA